AUGACAAGUCUUAAUAACGUCCAAGACGAAGAGGACAAAAAUGCUGCAAAUGCAGAGGUGGAUUCGCCAAACGAAAAUGGGCAAGUGCCAGUGAGCCCCAGUUAUCAGAAUUCGGAUAAAGAUGGAGCCGAAAAGGGACAACCCUUUACUCAAAUUGGAGAUGCAAAAAAUGGGGACAACAGUGCAUGCACAUCUGCCUCGGCUACGGCAAUGACUGGCGCUAGCUUUGAUAAGAAGAGAAAAGCGGAAGCAAUGGAGGAACGGUACCAAUUGGACAGGACCCUUGACGGCAUGAGCAGUGGCACCAAUGUUGAUAAAAUUGACUUGAUGGAGAACUCCACUACUGGUAGCAUAAACAAGCAUGCGAAAACAGAGGAUGGAGGAAUCAGUUGUGCCGAUCCCAUCCAGAAGAGCAACAAAGGGCUCGAUAAGCUGAAUGAGGACACGUACAUGCAUGGGGAUACUCAUGCGCACGCGCGUGUGGAAAAGUGCGCCACGAAGGCAGAGCUCGAAAGUGAUGACACUGCUCAGGGAAACGCGACCACUGGAAAUGCUAAAGAAGAACAAAGAGGAGUCGAAGCAGGAGAGAGUAACAAAACGGAAUUAGCACGAAGUGACGCAAGUAAGGAGGAAAAGGCAAAAGAGAAACCGAAUGGACAUGCGACGAUGAAGAACGAAGCAAGGCAAAGACAUGCACAACCGGAAGCGAAUAGCAAGAAAAAGGAAAGCUAUAAAUAUUUUAUUGAUUAUAGCAAAUAUAGAAGCAAAAAUAAUGUGACGUUCUCAACAAAGUAUAAAGACAGCUGUGUGAAUUUAAGCAGCGAUAAGCUCACCUGUUAUGGAGACAAAGGAUGGUCCAGUGUUUUCGUGAAUAAUGGGGCGGACAUCGGAAAAUGGUACUACGAAAUAAAAAUUGAAGAACCAGUGCAAAAUUUCCAGUUUCUAGGUUACAGGGACAAAGUGAUAAAGGUAAACCCAUAUAUAAGAGUCGGUUUCGCUUGCAGAUACAUGAGGUAUGACUAUCCCAUAGGAACAGACAAAUAUAGCUACUGCGUCAAUAGCAAAAAUGGAAGAAUCUUUAACAACUCCAUAAGUUACGACUGCAUGGAACCAAUUAAAGUAGGUGAUAUCAUUGGGUGCUAUUUAAAUUUGAAGAACAAAAAUACGUAUAACUUCGAUCCAAGAUCAGAUAAAAAAUUGUAUGAAUAUUUGCAAAAUGGUAUUCUAUGUGAUCCAAAAGAUCCACCCAUGUUAAAGAAAAACUACGGCUCGUCUAUUUUUUUCUCCCUAAAUGGGCAAAUAAAGAAAAACGCCUUUGUUGAUAUUUAUGAAGGAUUUUAUCAUCCGUCUGUGAGUUUGUACAUGGGUGCUUCAGGAAAGAUUAAUUUGGGUCCUCAUUUUGCAUAUAACCAUUUGAAUGAUUACAUCCCGUGUGUGUUUAUGGAGCCACCGAUUAUUUUGUGA